AUGAGGCUUCUACAGGCAGCUGCAAGAAGCCUCACAGUCACAGGCCCUGAGGAUCUCAGUGGAGGUAUGGAGGAUCUGGUGUCUGCUGGGAUGACCACACAGAAAUACAAGCCUGGUCGAUGUGAUGAUAUCUUGAAAUGGAAGCCACCCAGCCUGAACUCUGUUGAUUUUCGUCUAAAGAUAACAAGAAUUGGUGGAGAAGGGCUACUCACCCAGAAUGUUGGUCUUCUUUAUGUUGGAAACUUUGACAGACCUUUUGCACAAAUUAAGGUUACAAAAGAACUGAAACAGUAUGACAAUAAAAUUAUAGAGUGCAAGUUUGAAAACAACUGUUGGGUCUUCAUGAGGCAGAGAAUAGACAAGAGCUUUCCAAAUGCAUACAGCACUGCCAUGGCUGUGUGCAACAGCAUCCAGCACCCGGUGACAAAGGAGAUGCUCUUCGAGUUCAUAGAGAGGUGUACGGCAGCUCCCCAGGGGCCCACGCGGAAGCACCACUUCGACCCCGACACGGAACUCAUGCCGCCGCCGCCACCCAAGAGGCCGCGCAGCGUCACGUAA